AUGCCUAACAAUAUCCUGAUCGUGGGCGCGACACGAGGCUUAGGGGCUUCCCUUGGGGCUCUAUACUCGAAAGAGCCCUCCAACCAUGUAUUUGGAACGACGCGAUCUUCUUCCCCCGAAACGACCUCUUCCAUCACUUGGUUGACUGAAAUUGACGUCGCUCAACCUAACGUGGGCCAAAAGAUUGUUUCACAGCUACCACCGUCUACCAAGCUCUCGACCGUGAUCAUCACGGCGGGAUACUUCGGCCUUGAAUCCUUCGAUUCUCCGGAUUGGGAGAAACAAGUCCGCAUGUACACGACAUCAGCAGUCGGUCCUGUCUUCGUGGUGCACCAUCUCGUGAAGGCCGGCCUCCUGGUCGAGAGCAGUAAGGUGAUCCUCGUCAGCAGUGAAAGCGGCAGCAUCACUCUCCGUCAUGAGGAGGAAGGCGGAGGCAACUUUGGUCAUCAUGCUAGCAAGUCUGCAUUGAACAUGGUUGGCAAGCUGCUGAGCCUGGACCUGAAGCCCAAAGGAAUCGCGGUUGGCUUGGUACAUCCGGGCUUCAUGCGCACGGAAAUGACGAAGAGCGUUGGCUUCGACAAGUAUUGGGAUGCUGGCGGAGCUGUAACUCCGGAUGAAGCAGCUCAGUCACUUGCGUCGUUUGUUGACACGUUCGACAUUAGCAAGACAGGCGAGUUUUGGGCACCGCGAGGACCUGGGGAUAUUGGAACUGCCGAAGCUGUCCUCGGGAAGGGCCUGCCGACGCCUUUGCAGCUGCCAUGGUAA